AUGUCGACAUCCAAACGACAGCGCAUUACCCAAGGUAGCUGCUGGUGCUGCAAGAAGCGAAGGGUGAAAUGUGAUUUAGUCCGACCAACGUGCGGCCGCUGUGAGUCGACGGCGCAGGUAUGCGGCUACGGCGCGGCUCCAUUCAAAUGGGUCGGCGGCAUGGCUUUACGAGGCAAGAACGCGCCCGCAAAUGCCCCGGAAAUCUACAACUUCUCUCCUCUGAUCACUGCUGCUGCUGCUACUGACACUGACUCCUCUGGCCAUGGACGUGCGUCGGACGUUGGGCCGUCUAGUCCUGCUCCACCCGCGAACGCCAACGCCACUGGCAAUAAUGGCAAUGGCAAUGGCAAUGGCAAUGGCCAUGGCCAUGGCACUCACGACAGACGGCCGUCCGAUGCCACGACCGUGCACGAUGACAUCGACUUGCUCUCGCCAGCCCCCACCCUGAGCAUCGUGCCUUCCACGCCGCCGCUGGAUGAGUCGUGCCUGAUGCCGUAUUUCGCUAACGCAGUCCUGCCACGAUUCCUGCUCGGCGACGGCAUCUUGGCCGUGGACUACGCCAUGAUCGCUAAAGACGAAUCUCUCCAGCAGGCCGUGCUAGCCAUAUCGAGAGCUCACUACAACUACCAGGCAAAGUGUGGGGCCAACGACUCUGCAUUGGUCAGGAACAGCUCGCGCCAAGUCGCCAUCACAAGUUUCCGGAAACGCCUGCAGGUCGGCACGUCUGGCGACGAUUCAGCCAAGGAAUUGUUCGCCAACAAUGUCUUGCUGUGCAUGCUCGAUGGCAUGAUCCAGCCCUCGACGGAACUCAAUGCAUCGAGCAUGCAUCUGAAGGGCGGCUUUGCCAUGCUGAAUCGCUGGUCUUGUACCAUCACCAACAUGCUUCUCGAAGGUGGACUGCAAUCUCAUCUGCUGUCCGUCUUCGUCACCAUGGAUCUGGGAAGCAGUCUUCUGACUGGUCGGAAGCCUUACUUCGAACCCAUCCUCUUCCACAUGUUCGCCAAUACACAGGCUUGGUGGGGCUACCUGCCCACUGGAGACCGCUUUCUCACGCUUCUCAGGACGCUGAACGAGAUGGCCGCCUUGGGUGCUGUCGUCUUCGCUCACCUUCCAAGCGGAGACGGCGCAUUCUUGGCGGAAAAGUGCUUCCCGCCUCUGACAGCAGUGCUCGAAGCGCCGCUCCCUGUACAUUCUCUAGACGGGAUAGACUAUCGGAACUGGGUCACGUUCUGCGCACUUUGGGAGGCAUGCUCUUCUAUCUACUUCUAUCGCGCGCUGGAGCAGCGCACCGUCGACGACGAACUGGUGCAGGCCCACGCCAGAAAAGGAGUAUCCACGCUCAUCGAUGCCUUGUUGCCUGGUAUGCUGCAGCACUGUCUCGUUCUGCCUAUGCUGGUCAUCGGCGCACAUUGCAUCCACUCUCAGGACCGGAAAGCGAUUGUCGACGCUUUAUCUCCAACAGUCUCAUAUCUCGCCUUUGGAAAUCUGCCCUUGAUGGUCGAUUUCCUGAAGGGCAGUUGGGAGAAGUCCGAUUUUCACUCGACUUGGUGGGAGACCUUCCAUGAUAUCUCGGACAGAGUAUUUCUGUUCUGA